AUGGCGACGAAAACAGAUACAAUGGAGAAAGAACCCUCUAUGGAGGCAUUCAAGCUCCUACCGAACAACACCAAUCCGAAUUGGAUCAAAGACAGGGGGCUGCGUAAAUUGAACUUGGGUAUUGUGUUCAUGUUCUCAACUGCUUCGUCGGCGGGAUAUAUCGGAAAUCUUGUGAAUAGCUUGCUUAUGCUGCCUGAGUUUGGUAGCAUCAUUGGCGGGCUCAAUCCCAAUAUAAUUGGGUUGAUCAUUGCUGCCACCUCUCUGGGGGCGUUCAUCUCUUUUGCACCAGCCUCGCAUAUUGCGGAUAGACUCGGACGAAAGACAUGUGUUUGCAUUGGUUCCAGUAUUGUCAUCGUGGGAGCAAUCAUUCAAACCGCAGUAAAAAGCCACUGGGCCUUUUUUGGCACGAGAGUCUUGUCAGGUAUAGGGAUGGGAAUCACCCAGACUGGAGCUCCUCUCCUGGCCACUGAGAUUGCACACCCUCGACAGCGACAGACGGCCACGGCUCUCUACAAUGCAUCCUGGUGUUUGGGCGCGAUUGGCUCGGCAGUGGUUACAUAUGCAACCAUAGGAAUAGCCAACAGUUGGUCGUGGAGAGUUCCUUGUCUGUUACAAAUGUUGUAUCCAUUGUUCCAGAUCCUAGGUCUCAUACUGUUUGUGCCUGAAAGCCCAAGAUGGCUUGUAUCUAAAGGAAGAAAAGAUGAAGCCCUAGCUAUUCUGGGGAAGUACCACGCGAAUGGAGAUACAGACGACGAGCUGGUACAGUAUGAGUACCGUUUGAUAUGCAGUACGAUCACAGCCGAGAUUACCAAUACCAGGGAUUGGAGCUCCUUCUUCUCGUCAAAAGGUGAUAUGCACCGAUUGGCGAUUUGUGUAUUAGUUGGGCUCAUGCAAGAAUGGGCUGGAAAUGGCCUCCUGUCCUACUACCUCGCGCCAAUUCUCAGAUCGGUGGGUGUCACCAAGGCAGCCGACCAAGCAGCUGUGAACGUUAGCCUCAAUACCUGGAACUUCCUCCUUGCGGCAACCGGUGCACUUGCAUCGGAGCGAUACGGCCGUCGCAUUUUAUGGCUUAUUUCCACGGGGGCCAUGAUUAUCUUCCUGUCCAUGUCCACCCUGGCUGCGGGUCUGUUCGCCGAAAGACAUCUUCCUGCGGCUGGGAUAGCUGUGAUUCCACUGUUAUUUUUGUUUAUCGGAGCAUACGACAUUGCUUAUGCGCCUUUGUUCAUCUCGUAUCUAGCUGAGAUCCUACCUUUCCAGCUGCGUGCCAAGGGUAUUGCUGUCACUCUUUCAGUGGAUGCUGUGGCGUGUUUCUUCAACCAAUAUGUGAACCCGGUGGCGUUUACGGCGAUUGCAUGGAAGUAUUACUUUGUCUUUCUUGGGUGUCUGGUCAUAUUCCUGGUUCUUAUAUACUUCCUCUUUCCUGAGACAAAAGGGCGGUCUUUGGAAGAAGUUGCUAUGAUCUUCGACAAGGAAAGUGAAUCGGAGAGUGAGAGUGACAGUAAACAGACAAAAUAG